AGUGCACAAAUUUGUUUGGCUCUGGAUCAAGUCUGCUGCUCUGAGCAGUUGCAGCUUGGAAACGAAACUGAUCUGAGAGCCAGGAAAUGAAAGCGAAGAACAGACCAAAGCAUAAGAUAGAUCUUUUCUCUUGGGGUGGGUCUCAGAAGCCAGCUGGAAUUACCCUGCUGCCUACUUCUCUGCAAUGGAGCUGUACACCACAGAAGCAAGAAAGCUGGAUAUUUUCAUCUCCGAAAAUCUCCAGCCUAAUGAGGAGUUCCUGGGCCAUGUGCGUCAGGCUGUAGAUAUCCUCUGUCAGUUCCUGCGGGAGAAUUGCUUCAAGGAUGCAGCCGCACCUCGGCCCCGGGUGCUGAAGGUGGUUAAGGGAGGCUCAGUGGGGAACGGCACGGCUAUAAAAGGGGGUUCAGAUGUCGACCUUGUGGUGUUUCUCAACAUCUUCAAGGAUUACAAAGAUCAGGAAACAAAACUGAAGGAGAUCGUACAGGAGAUUGGGAGGAAACACAAAGAAUUCACAGAAGAGAAUGGGAAGCAUUUAGAUGUAACUCUCGAGGCAUCCAAGUGGCUGAAUCCACGUGUUAUCAGUUUCACACUUUGCUCUUAUGAUCCCAGGGAUUCGAUUGAGCUUAAUGUGUUACCAGCCUUUGAUGCUCUGGGCCAGUAUAAAAAGGGUUCCAAGCCUGAUCCACAGGUGUACAUUGACCUGAUCAACAGCACUAGCAGCAGUCGAGGUGGUGAGUUCUCCACUUGCUUCACUGAGCUGCAGAAGGACUUCAUCGUUGCCCGGCCCCCCAAACUGAAGAGCCUCAUCCGCCUGCUGAAACACUGGUACAAAGAGUAUGUAUGUCUGCACAAAGCGAAGCUCCGAAGUGGGGAGUCACUCCCCCCCAAAUAUGCAUUGGAGCUGCUGGCUGUCUAUGCCUGGGAGCAAGGAAGUGGAGAGACGGAUUUUGACACUGAGAAGGGGUUUCGGACGGUGCUUUGGCUCCUCCAGCAAUACAGGCAGCUCUGUGUAUUUUGGACCAUGUAUUAUGACUUUGAGAAUGAGAUUCUGAAAUCGUAUUUGCUUCGCCAGCUCCAGAAACCCAGACCAGUCAUCCUGGACCCGGCUGAUCCAACUGGGAUCGUGGGAGAGGGAAGCCGCUGGGAUCUGCUUGCACAAGAAGCUGAACGUUGUUCUCGUCAGAAAUGCUGCCUUCCUUAUUGGGAUGUCCCGGUGAGGUCAAAGCACACUCAAGUACCAUUUUGGGGAUGUAGCCCCACUCCCAAGAUAUAUGGAGCUAAGAGCAUCAGGGAGCAGAAGUUGAAAGAGGAGAAGAAACUCCUGAGUGGUGUGGUGGGCAAAGUGUUGGGUGUAGGAGACCGAGGUGUCAAGAAACGAAACUGCUCUGAGGUCUCUGUCCUCCUUCCCUGCAAGGCUCAGGAGACGGAGACGGAGACGUUCUUUGCUGCCCUCUCCUCUGCCAUGGGGCUCUAUGAGACAGACGCAGGCAAGUUGGAUAAGUUCAUCUUCGACCACCUCCAGCCCAACGAGGAGUUCCUGGGCCAAGUGCGCCGGGCCAUCGACAAGAUCUGCAAGUUCCUGCGGGAGAAUUGCUUCAAGGACGCCGCCCCGCCACGGCCCCGGGUGCUGAAGGUUAUUAAGGGAGGCUCAUCAGGGAAAGGCACAGCUCUAAAAGGGGGCUCAGAUGCCGACCUUGUGGUAUUUCUCAGCAUCUUCAAGGCCUACACGGACCAGGAACACCACCGGAAAGAGAUCAUCCAGGAGAUCGAGAGGAGACUCAAAGAAUUCAAGAAUAAAGAAGGAAGAUAUAUAGAUGUAACCAUUGAGCCAUCCAAGUGGCCAAACCCACGUGUGCUCAGUUUCACACUCCGCUCUUUCGAUCUCAGGGAUUCCAUUGAGUUUGAUGUGUUGCCGGCAUUUGAUGCUCUUGGCCAGAGAACAGGCUUGAAGCCUCACCCACAAGUGUACAUUGACCUGAUCGACAGCAGCAGCCGCGGAGGUGAGUUCUCCACCUGCUUCACUGAGCUGCAGAGGGACUUCAUCAUUGACCGGCCAACGAAACUGAAGAGCCUCAUCCGCCUGCUGAAACACUGGUACAAAGAGUAUGUGAAUGUGUAUCAAUACAAAUCACAGCUCCAAAGUGGAGAGUCACUCCCCCCCAAAUAUGCAUUGGAGCUGCUGGCUGUCUACGCCUGGGAGCAAGGAAGUCAAGAUAAAGCUUUUGACAUGGCAAAAGGAUUUCGGACCGUGCUUUGGCUCCUCCUGCAACACAGGCAGCUCUGCAUAUUUUGGACAAAAUACUAUAACUUUGAAAAUGCGACUGUCAGACAAUACCUGACGGACCAGCUCCAGAAGUCCAGACCCGUUAUCCUGGACCCAGCCGACCCAACCGGACUCCUGGGGGAAGGAUGCCGCUGGGAUCUGCUUGCACAAGAAGCUGAACAUUGUUUGGGUCAGAAAUGCUGCACACACACCUAUGUGCCCUCAGCCUUUAAUUGGGAUGUGCCGCUUCAGGUAUCAUGGGAGGAAGCAGCCAUGGCCUAUGAGGUGAGGGUGGCGUUCGGCUCCUGCCCAGCACGCCCGCCGCCCUUUGUUUCCGUCCGGGAAACGAAACUGCUCCGAGAGCCGAGAAACAACUGUCGUUUCCCGGCUCUCAGAGCAGUUUCGUUUCCCGGACGGAAACGAAAGGGCGGGCCGGUGGCUGGGCUCUGCGUUCCGUUCGGGACUCGGGAGCCAGCGAUGCUCUCUGCCGCUCGCUUCCCUGCCAUGGAGCUUUACGACACGGACGCCAGCAAGCUGGACAAGUUCAUCGUGGAGCGCCUCCAGCCCAACGCGGGGGUCCGGGACCAAAUGCUGGAGCGCGUCGGCGACGUCUGCGAGUUCCUGCGGGAUAAGUGCUUCAGGGAUGCCGCCCCGCCGCGGCCCCGGGUGCUGAAGGCGGUUAAGGGAGGCUCGUCAGGGAAAGGCACAGCUCUGAAAGAGGGCUCAGAUGCUGAUCUUGUGGUGUUUCUCAGCAUCUUCAAGGGCUACACGGACCAGCAACAAUACCGGAAGGAAAUCAUCCAGGAGAUUGAGAAAAGGCUCAGGGAAUACAAAAACAAGGAAGGGGAGUCCUUAGAUGUAAAUUUUGAGCCAUCUAAAUGGCCAAACCCACGUGUGCUCAGUUUCACACUCCCUUCUCGUGAUCUCUCAGAAUCCAUCGAGUUUGAUGUGCUGCCAGCUUUUGAUGCACUUGGCCACUUUCAAAAAGGCUCCAAGCCUGAUCCUCAAGUCUAUGUUGACCUGAUAGUCCUGAUGAACAGUGGCUGUUGCCGAGGUGGUGAGUUCUCCACCUGCUUCACUGAGUUACAGAAAGAUUUCAUCAUUGCCCGGCCAACUAAACUGAAGAGCCUCAUCCGUCUGCUGAAACACUGGUACAAAAAGUAUGUGAAUGUAAAUCAAUACAAAUCGCAGCUCCGAAGUGGGGAGUCACUCCCCCCCAAAUAUGCUUUGGAGCUGUUGGCUGUCUAUGCCUGGGAGCAAGGAAGCCAAGAGACAGAUUUUGACAUGGCAAAAGGAUUUCGGACGGUGCUCUGGCUCCUCCAGCAACACAGUCAGCUCUGCAUAUUUUGGACCACAUACUAUGACUUUGGGAAUGAGACCCUCAGACGACACCUGAUAAGCCAGCUCCGGAAACCCAAACCUGUUAUCCUGGACCCAGCUGAUCCAACUGGACUCCUGGGGGAGGGGAGCCGCUGGGAUCUGCUUGUGCAAGAAGCUGAACGUUGUUCUCGUCAGAAAUGCUGCACAAACAACUAUGUGUCCUCAGCCAUUCGCUGGGAUGUGCCGCUGCAGGUGUCAUGGAAAGAAGAAGCAAGGCCAAAUCCAGAAAAAAAGCCGAUUUCUUUUUCUCCGCGGAGGAAAAGGAAAGUGAAACCGGGAGGGCUUCCCACGGAGUAG